AAUUUGAAGCUGGAUAUUAACAUUGAAAGGCGGACGAUUCAAUCGUGAUUCAUUUCCUGAAGCAGGGAAGAGCCAUGGACGAGGUGCAGGCAGCCGAGUUUGAACUACUGGAGGAAUUACUGGAAGAUGAAACAACAGAAAAGAAACAGGAAAUUUGAAGAAAUAUAUUGACAAAAUGGAAACAGAGAUAAAGUUUUCAAUUCCUGACUUUGAAAAGGAUCUACAAUGGUUGAAUACAGCCUCACCACUUUCUCUAACAAAGGAACUAGAGGGGAAAUUGAUAGUGAUGGAUUUUUUCACAUAUUGUUGUGUAAAUUGUCUCCAUAUUCUCCCAGACUUAGAAAAACUGGAGGAUCUGUAUAAAAUUCAGGAUGGAGUUGUGGUUCUUGGUGUACACUCCGCAAAGUUUGCCAAUGAGAAAGUACUUUCUAAUAUUCUGAGUGCAAUACUACGAUACAAUAUCAACCAUCCUGUAGUGAAUGAUAGUGAAGCGACACUGUGGAACAAACUUCGUAUAGCAUGUUGGCCUACACUGCUAGUUGUUUCACCUACAGGAAAAUAUCUACGGACUUUCGUCGGAGAAGGACAUAAGGAGAGUUUGGAAGAGUUUCUUAAACUUGCUUUAGAAUACUAUAACGACAAAGGUAUGAUAAAGUCACACUCAUUGGCAAUUUCACUUGAGAAGGAAAAGCUAACAGAAACUCCAUUAAAAUUUCCAGGAAAGAUUGCUGUCAACCGGAAGGGGAAUUUGAUAGCAAUAGCAGACAGUGGACACCAUCGUGUCAUUAUUUGUGGCAAAGACGGCAUUGUUCAGUCUGUUGUGGGAGAAGGGAAGAAAGGACUACAAGAUGGCUGUUUCAAGGACGCACAGUUCAACUCCCCUCAGGGAAUGGUGUUUGUAGGAGAGGACCUGUAUGUGGCUGACACUGAAAAUCAUGUGAUAAGAAAGGUUGGUCUGAAGUCUGGUUCUGUGACCACAGUAGUUGGAACAGGUACCCAAGGACAGGAUAAGGAGGGUGGAAACAUUGGGAUACAACAGGAGAUUUCCUCCCCUUGGGACCUGGAGGUGGGCUGCUCAGUGGGAAGUGAUUCAGACGACAUACUGUUUAUUGCGAUGGCAGGGACACAUCAGAUCUGGGUUUAUUUCAUUCAGGAUGGAAAGUGGUACAAGGGGAAGCAAUACCAAGCAGGAACAUGUGUAAGAUUCGCUGGAAGUGGGAGUGAAGAAAAUCGUAACAACAGCUACCCUGCUAGGGCUGCAUUUGCCCAACCGUCGGGUCUCUCAUUGUCAACGCACCCUGAACUAAAUACAAUGUUUGUGGCCGAUAGUGAGAGUUCAACUGUCAGGAGCCUGGCACUUAAGGAUGGGGCUGUCAAGGGUGUGGUUGGGGGAGAAAAAGAUCCUAUGAACCUGUUUGCAUAUGGUGAUGUGGAUGGCACAGGGAUCGAGGCAAAGCUUCAGCACCCCCUAGGGGUUGCUUUAGUGACAGACAACAAAGGGCCAUUACUGGUGGCUGACUCUUACAAUCAUAAGAUAAAAUCAGUUGAUUUAGUCAGCAAGAUGUGUGAAACAUGGGCAGCGCCAUCUCGUUCAGAGAAGGGAGAUAACUGUAUAUCCAUCGACCUCAAUGAACCAGGAGGUUUGUGUGUGGACCAGACCCAUCAACUACUGUACAUAGCAGACACAAACAACCAUAUCAUCAGAAUGGUUGACAUAGAAACCAAAGCGGUAUCUCGGCUUCCUAUUAUUUUUCCAAACCCUGAUGAGACAGAUGGUUCCCAGAGGAAGAAAGUGAAUGACUUUGUGAAGCCCAACACAGUUAUCCUAGAUUUACCGCCAUUAAACAUCACACCAGUUACAGCGGUAGAAGUGAGACUACACAUUCCAUUACCCGAGGGACAUCACUUUACAGAGGAAGCUCCCAGUACCUGGAUGAUGAUUUGUAAAGAUGAAUCCAACAACGUUUUGAACACAGAAUGUGAUACAAAUGGUAGUAUUGAAACUUUUGAAGAGCAGUCCCUGUUGUCCUUCACCUUGCCAAGUGACCUUGACCUUUUGAAAUCUCUCCAGGUGUACAUCAAGUGUCGAGUGUUCUACUGUGAUGAUACAAAUGUCUGUCGCCUAAAAGAAAACGUGUACAAACAGUUGAUUGUAUUCCAGGACACUGAGAACACUACAUCUAGUACAACUGUUCUGUUAAAGUUUGAAUUUUAAAUAUGUCAUGUAUAUGUCAAGCUUCAAGCAUCCUUUUGCCUUUGUUUCCAUUGAAAUUUGUAGGAGCCGAAAACAGUUGGGUCACUUUUGGAUAGUAAAAGAUAAAUUGUGAGAGGUUUAUGGAUAGUUCCUGUAAAUAAUGAAGUAAUCUAGUCUUUCUGCCAACUAUUCUCUACCUCCUUUUUGGUUAAUCAGAUAUUUGACAAAGAGUAAAGUGAUAGAAUGUAGACAAUGGAACCAUUGGGCCAGAGUGGGGUUCUAACGACUGUAUUAUGUAUUGUAUACUUCAGCCCUCUGGCAAGAAUAUGUUUUCAACCUGUUCAAAAUGUAUCCUUCCUAUUUUUGACAUGAUUAUGAUAGAGAGUGAAGUUUUAAAUACAUUUAUUUAUUACAACUGUCAUCUUAUUGAGAAAAAAAAUCGUAAAAUUGAAAUGGUGAAAUUUCUCUGUAUAACAGUAUAAAGAAUGUAAAGUAUUUGUUUGACCUCGCCUGAGAUCUGACACAGUAAUAGUGCUUCAUCCUAUACCACUGUAAAACGUAACUAUUUACAAUCAUUUACAAUCCCACAUGGUUUAAAUAAUGAUGGAUGAAUUUGUCUCAGUGAGCAGAUAAUCAUUUUAUAGGUAAAAAACUUAAUGGCAUAUAUGAUUAACAGCAAUGCAGCUUUUAAGAGGUGUUCAACAUUUAUGAAUUUGAUUUAAAGUUUUGAUUUUCACCAUGUUUCUGUCAAUGUUGGUGCUAUAUAAUCAAAGCAGAACCUAAGAAUUUAUGUUUGAUGUAUUGGUAGACAGCUGGGCAAAUGUUGAGGAUACUCUUCUCAAGAUGCUGACCAAUGGAGAUACACUUUGUGCCUUGGUAUUUGUUAGGUCCAGUUCAGUGAGAUACACAUGUACAUGUAUGUACAAAAUGUUGGGUCUAUCUUUGAGUACCUGAUUAGCUUAAAGACGAGUGAAUACAAUUCUUCUCAUAUAACAUACCUGUUAUAUAAAAGUUAAGAACUUCUUUGGUUCAAGAGAAUAUUUAAUGAUAAAAGAGUGGUGUCUUACUUUUAAGUUACCAGAUUCACUAAUACCACAUGAGAAACCUUUAGAGAAUUGAUGAUUUCAAUUUGGGUGUUGUCUGAUUUGCCUGAAAAAGCAGGCAACAUAUAAGUAUCACUAUAUCUUGGCGUCUGCCUCCACACAGAGGUUUCCAUGCCAUAACUUGAGUUCCCUUGUGCCGAUCAAACUGAAAUUUAGUGCAGAUCUUCCUUACCACAUUUGCUUGCUUGGGAUGGUUUUCAGGUCAGAAGGUCAAAGGUCAAUGUCACUGUUACUUAAAAUAGAAAAUUUGUUUCCUUGUGAUAACUCAAGUUCAUUUGGGUCAACCAAAUUUAAUUUUAAUGCAGUUUUUCUUGAUCACAAGUACUUGCAUAGGAUUGCUUUUUAACUGGUCCAAAGAUCAAAGGUCAAAGGUCACUGUUACUAUACAUAGAAAAUUUGUUUCUAUGAAUAACUCUCUUAAAGCCACAUACUCCCGAAGAAACAUAUAUCAAUGUUAACAUUUUUAGCUUUUUACAG